GAGUAUUUGUAUUUGUUAUUUGUCAGUUGUCACUCGUCACUUAAUUAGUUCUUCAUAGUUACUUAUUUGUGCGUCUCGCAAGAAACGUUAGAAACGUGACAUUUCUUCUUGUGAGAAAAUUUGAGAUUUUUAUGUGCAAGCAAUAACUCAACUCUAUCUACUUAACAAGUUAUUGUGUUCUUAAAGUUCGAAAAUUGUUAUUACAUGAUUUUUUGGUUGUUUAAAUCACCAUCGAUUUCCCGGCCACUGAUUGAUGAAGCUCAAGUUAUGACGACCUGCUGAUCUGGAUAGGAAAUCCUCGAUUUACGAUUAGAUUUCGUCUGGAACAAAACAUCGCCUGCUUUAUUUUCCUACGAAUCCCAUGCAAUGCCAUUUCUCAAGCUUGUAGCUGAUUUGCGUUUUAGCAGCGACGAUAAUAAUUCAGUUCGAGUUUAAUUCAACAAGGGAUGAGUCAUGUCUUCAUCUAAACAUGAAAUCAGUCCUAUUCAAAAUGAAGAUGAAUGGUUUCUGUUGCAUUCGUAUUCAUCAGAAGACGAGUUCGUGGAAGAAUACAACAAAUACUACCAAGGAGAAGCAAAAUCCAAGGAACUUUAUCUGCUCAUUUUGAAUAAACUACAAAAAGCGAUUGUAUCAGGUAAUACUGAUAAUUUCAAACAAUUUGUCAAAGUUAUUGGUUUCAUCAGCGACAUCGAAAGUAGAGAAACACUCAAGAUUUUCUAUAAUGAUACAGAAAAUCCUAUCAAAACGACUAAUUUAGUAAUCCUAGCAUGUAAAUAUAAUAGGCUAGAAAUUCUGAAAUACGUACUUAAUAACGGUAAAGUCUUGGAAAACCUCUCUAUAAAUGUUGGUAAAAAUGUCGUUACACCUGGUGAUAAAGACGAAUCAUGCCACGAUGCAUUUUAUUACGCUGUACUUUCUGGUAAUGUCGACCUUCUUGAAACUCUUAUCAAAAAUUGGCCCUGCGAUUAUUUUGCUACUCGUCCAGAAGAGCUAGAUGAGGUACUUUCGAAAGCGUACGAGGACUUGAAGUUAAAAAACGUUUCGUUGUCAGAGAGUAUGGAAAUUUUCGUUGAGAACGAGUUGAUAAAUCUUCGUUUCUUUUCGAAUAGUUCUGGAAAUAUUCAAAUUAAUGUUAGAGAUAAAAUCAAUAAUAUCAUAGAUCGUGUUGACUUGGUGCUUGAAAAAAUUGCGUUUUUGAAGUCCGAGUAUUCUAAUGGUGAGAAAUUAGAUGAAAGAUUUUUAUUCGUAGUUCGAUUCAUUGCUCAAAAUAUUCACGUGCUCAAGCGUCAGUUUAAGUUUACCUAUGAUAGGUUGCCUUGGGAAGAAAUCGUAUUUUGUUUAAUCUCUUUUAUUUCCUCUCAUGUUAAACAACAACAAAUCAAUCUAUUUUAUUUGGCUAUUUUGAAUAAAAGUAAAAUACUGUCUUACUUGGAAAAAUUUGCCAAAGUGCUCGAUAGUGAAAAACAUGUAAAAAUUGAAGACAUGAACAGAUUGGCAGAUAUUCCAAAAUUGAAACGUGAUCAAGUCGUCGAAGAAAUCAUUUGCGAUCAUCCCGAGUUUAAAGAUCUUUAUGAAGAUUAUCAAGAAAUCAGAGAUAUUUACUCUCUGGAGAAAAUAAACGAGUAUUUAAAUCUUGCUCUAUCCAUUGACCCUGAAGAAAGACAAGGUCAAUUAAUUAUUACACGUACUCUGCAGGUUAUCGGCGAGUAUUUAAAAAACACCUUGGAAUCUCCCAAACUAUCCUCUGCUACAAGCGAGCUUCUGCUUUUGUCGUUGCCCAAAAACACAAGAAAAAUCAUCAUCGAUUUACGUAAUUCAUUAUCGCAUGCUUAUUCGCUUUCUAAAAGAACCGAGAUUGAAGAAAAUGCCGACGUCAGCUUCUUUUCUGGUGUUCAGAAUGAUACAAAAAGAAUUUACGAUGUGAUUACCGAUAUUCUCUGCAAUAAAAAGAUGAACAUGAUCCGGAAAUUGCUGCAAAAUAUCGUCGAUGGUGAAAAUUUGGACGAGAUUAAAGAUAUUGCAGAAACUUUGAGAAUCGUCAAGGUGGAUAAAAUGGCUGAGAACAAUUUUAGAUCGAUGGACCUUGAGAAAUUAGAAAAACUCAUUCGGGAAAUAAGUGACAUUGUAGUCGACAAGACUGAUAACGAGAAAAAACUCUUCAAGCAAGCCAAUGAAAUAAUAGAUUUUGUAAAAAACAGAUCAAAAAAUAUCAGCAUUGAUUAUAUGUCAAAACUUGGAUUACUGAAGGGGUUCAUAUCGUUCCUGAAAGGUGAAAAUCAUCUCAACCCAGGUGGUAUCAAGGUUCUCAAAUAUUCAGCUUGUACCACAUUGGAGAGUAUGUUUCCUGAAAAAGAACUGUCGCAUGAUCUUAAAGAAAUUGUCCAAUUGUCUGUAAACAUUUACCGAAGCGCUAGUUCAAGAGUAGAGGGUGAUAAUCUCGAUCAACUAUUCAGUUCUACAUUUGAGAUUUGUAAUGUCGCUGAAUCUCGAAUAAAUGACAUCAAAUGGCUGGAAAAAUUGAAAGAAAAAUUAUAUGAGAGAAGUACUUUUAUCCCUACAAGACAACAGAAUCAGAAUUACAAGGCAUUGAAAAAUAAGUAUAAUAAGCAACUAGUCCUAAAGUUGUCCGAAUUGGAAAAAAUUUUGAAAAAUGAUUUGACAAGUGGUAAAUUGAUCAAUAAACUUCCUUCUUAUAAGGGCAAUAAAAAAUUGCAAGCUGUGGUAGAGACUCUCGUUCUUGAUGUAAUGUCAAUCUUGGGCGAAUCUGAAAAACAUCUGGAAAAUAAUCUGCUUUUUUUGGACGAAUACACACCUUUACUAACUGGUAAAUGCUUGCGUGAUCAUCUAGCCCAUGGCAAUACGUUACUUGAUGUAUUGUUAUCUGAUCCGUCCACAGCGAUCAUCCUCAAUGCAGAAAAGCUCAUUACUGAAAAUAUUGCCAAAAGUAAUUCGAAAAUUGGCAAAUUCGUCAAGAAUGAUCUCUCCAAGCUGAAAGAAAGAUUCGAUAGCGGUCUUGUCACCCUUACCAAUCAAGAAAAAAUGUUCAAUAUGCUGGAACAAGGUCAUCUUGAAGAGUUGAAGAUUUGUCUGGCUCAAGGAGCUGACAUUCAUGCUAAAAGUUUGUAUAAUUCAUGGUCUGCAUUGCAUUUUGCUUCUUGUGGGCCUAGUCUCGAAGUUGUCAAAUUUGUUCUUGAUCAGAAUUUAGAUGCUGAAGCUACAGAUCUAAACGGUCAACUCCCACUUCAUGUUGCUGCUGCUCAUGGAAGAAAAAAUAUUGUCGAGUUUUUCAUAAAUGAAGCACAAGUUCCAUUCAAUCAUCGAGAUAACAAUGGCAGAACACCACUUCACAUUGCAGCGAAAAGUGGUCAGAAAGACGUUGUCAAAAUAUUGCUGCAAAAUUGUGGUAGCUGCUACAAUACGAAUGAUAACCUUGGAUUUACACCUUUUCAUCACGCAGUGCAAUGUAAUCACGUCCAGGUAGCUGAAAUCAUACUAGAAAAAGUGAAAAAUGUCAACUACAAAGCCUCAGGUGACUAUACACCUCUUCACAUAGCUGCAGAAUUCGGUUGUCUAGAGAUGGUUAAUUUUUUACUGAGUUGUAAAGCAAAUGUUCACGCGAGACAUGAAAAAGGUGGCACACCAUUGCAUACAAUGGGGAUCAAUGGUCAUCCAGAAAUAGUAAGGGCUAUAGUUCUCAAAGGAGCCGAUGUUAAUGCUGAAGUUUUAGGUGGUUGCACAACAUUACAUUACUUGGUUGAACAUGGUCAUCUGGAAGCAACUGAUAUCCUAUUGAAACAUGGAGCCAAUCCCAACAUCCCGGACAAAAUUUAUUAUAAUACUCCUUUGCACUAUGCUGCCAAAUAUGGACACCAUAAAAUUGUUGAAAGUUUGCUUUCUUACAAAGCUGAUGCUAAUCUAGUUACAGUUGAACGUAUUACUCCAUUACAUUUUGCAGUACGGGGCGGUCACUUGAAAAUUGUCGCUUCCCUUUUGAAACAUGGUGUAAUUGUUGAUGCUAGAAAUAUAACUCGUUGGACAGCCUUACAUUGUGCGGCAGAAUUCGGUCACAAAGACAUGGCUCAGCUUCUAAUUCAACAUGGGGCAGAAGUGGAUGCUAAAACUAAUAAAAAUCUUACUCCAUUACAUAUAGCUGCUCUAGAAGGCCAUAAAGACGUUGUCAAUCUUUUGAUUAAAAAUAAAGCUAAAGUUGAUGCUAAAGACAUGAAUGGCAAUACACCGUUAACAGUUGCUGCUCAGCGUGGUAAAGUUGAAAUUUGUGACUUGCUAAUAAAAAAUAAAUGCAAGAUAGAUGUUAGAAACAAUGAUGGUAUGACACCAUUACAUGCAGCUGCAUAUGGUGGCCAUAAAAGUAUUGUUGAAUUUUUAUUAAAAAAUAGAGCUGAUGUGAAUACAAAAGCUACAAAUGGUUUUACUCCUUUGCAUGGAGCUAUUCUAAAUGGUAACAAAGAUGUAGUAGAGUUUUUAAUCAAGAAUAAAGUUGAAGUCAAUGCAGCAGGUACACUACCGGGUACAUCAUCUCUUAGUGAGUUAGAAGUUAUGCCACUGCAUCUAGCUAUUGAAAGCGGCCAAAAAGAAAUUGUCCAGGUUUUAAUUGCCAACAAGGCUGAUGUUAAUGCCAGGAAAAAUGGUGUCACGCCUUUGAUGACUGCUAUCAGAUCUGGGUUCAAAGAAAUUAUUGAAGUUUUGCUAGCGAAUGGAGCUGAUGUUGAUUCAAAAGGUGGUGCACCUUUGUUUGCAGCUAUAAUGAAAAAUCGCACUGAUAUUGUGAAUAUUUUACUGCAGAAUAAUGCUCGCGUUGAUUUUGUGAGGAAUGGAAGUACGGUAUUGCAUUUGGCUGCUCAGAUUGGUAAUAAAGAUAUAGCAAACGCUGUUGUAAUAAAGGGAGCUAAAGUCGAUGCCCUGAAUAGCGAUGAUAUGACACCAUUAUAUAUUUCUGCUCGAAGAGGUCAUGAAGAAGUAGGUGAAGUUUUGAUUGCUGGAGGAGCCAAUGUUAAUUACUGUGGUUAUGAUGGUACCCCACUGCAUGCUGCUGCAGGAUGUGGUUUUCCAAGCUUUGUUAAACUUCUGUUACGUAAUGGGGCAAAUGUCAAUGUCAAGGAUGGCGAUAACAGACUACCUUUAGAAUUAGCUGUGGGGCAUUGUCAUUUACCUGUUGUUAAAGUAUUACUUCAGCAUAAAACGGUGAAUUUGAAUGCUAAAGGUAAUGCUGAUUGGACAAUUCUUCACAUCGCUUCACAAGAAGAUAACCUGGAAACCGUAAAAUAUCUUGUCGAAAAAGGAUCCAAUAUCCAUGCCAAGAAUUCAUCUGGCUCUAAACCUAUUCACAUUGCAGCUAGGGAAGGAUUUAGAGAUAUUGUUGAGUUUUACCUUAGCAAAGGAUUGGAUGUCAACGAGCCUGGUACAGAUAAUCAGAUACCAUUGCACUAUGUUGCCAUGAAAGACUGCUUAGAAGUUGCCAAAUGUUUGAUAUCUAAAGGUGCUGAUGUCAAUGCUAAAGAUGUUAAUGGUUUUACUCCUUUGCAUUUUGCUGCUGUGUUCGGUUAUGAAAACAUUAUUAAAAUUUUACUGGAAAAUGGUGCGGUUUAUAAUCCUACUAAUAAUGGUUCUGUUACACCAUUGCGUAUGAUAACUGAUCGGAAUUAUCUCUCAAUACGAGAUACCAGUUCUCAAAACUACAUGGAUCUUACCAAAAACCAAAAUCUCUCAAAACUCUUUACUUCAACAGAGAAGUUAUUCGAAUCUGUGAAACGUAAAAGUACUGCUGAGGUCAAGUCUGCCAUCAAAUCAGGUGCUUUUGUCAAUGCCAAAAGUGCUAGUAAUGAAACAACACCAUUACAUUACGCUGCGUGGAAAGGCUGUGACCAAAUUGUUGAUAUUUUGCUGGAAAAUGAAGCCAAUCCUAAUGCAAUUUGUAGUGGACGUUUUACACCUUUGCAUUAUGCUGCCAAAUUUUCUCAUUUUGAAUGUGUAAAAGCGUUAUUGUAUCAUGGUGCAGUUUACAAUCCAAUUUCUACCAAUGGUAAAACACCAUUGAAGUACACCAGCGAUGAAAAUAUUAUCAACUUAUUGAAAUUAAUUGAAGAAUCAUUCAAAAAAGUAAAAAACGCUGAUGUUAAAGUCAUCGAUGAGCUUGACAACUUAAAAGACCCCAGUUUAUUGAAAGCAAUCAUGAAUACCUGUAAUCGUGACAACAAAACACUGAUAGCUGUAGCACCUCAACAAAAUCUCUUAUUUAUUGAAAAAUUGAAAAAUGUAUCCCAGGGUGAUACAUUGUCUGAAUUGGAAAAAGCUGUGGAUCUUUUGAAUGGAGAUUCUUGUCAACCAGCUUUAAUUAUUCUCAAUCGUAUAUUCAUAAAAAGAAAGCAAUUGUUGGGGCCUGAUAAUCUUGCAACUUUAGACAUCCAAGUGUAUAUUGCCAGAGGAUUGUAUAGGCAAGGACAUUACCAAGAAGCUUUGGAUAUUCUGGAAAAAGUUUUUCAGAAACAGAAGGAAAUGCUUGGUUUCAAAAACAAGUAUACUUUGGAUACCAGAAGUGCCAUGGCUUUAGUUUUCUAUAGGCAGGAAAAACAUGAUGAAGCUUAUGAAAUUUUUCAAGAAGUUCUCAAAACUCAGAAGGAAUUAUUGGGAUCCAGCCAUUCUGAUAUUAUAGAUACUCAGUUUCAUCUGGCUCUAGUCUUAGACAGUCUGGGCAGGUAUGAUGAAGCUUUACGUAUUAAUGAGUAUGUUUAUAAGAUCAGGAAAAAAACUCUGGGCACUGAGGACAUAUCCACGGUAAUUGUGCAAAAUAAUAUAGCCUUGGUACUAUCCCAUCUCGGUAAAUUCGAAGAUUCCUUGAAAAUUUACAACCAGGUCUUAGAAAAAAAGAAAUCUAUACUGGGUAUUGGCCAUACCGAUACUUUACGUACAUUAAAUAGCAUCGCUGGAAUACUCUUCAAACAAAAUAAACAUCAGGAAGCUGUGGAAGCUUUUCAACAGCUUCUAGACCUCCAAAAGAAACACUUGAAACGGAACCAUCCGGAACUUCUAAAUACUCAAUACAACUUGGCGAAUGUACUUCACGCUCAUGGCAGACAUAUCUCAGCCCUCCAACUCUUCAAAGAAUGUUAUGAUCAAAGAAAGUCUGUUUUUGGCUCAAAUGAUCCGAGUGUCAAAGAUAUCGAAAAGAAAAUCAAAUUCAUCAAUUUUCAACUGAAGGUUGAAGGUAGUAGUGAAUCAGAAGUCACUCGAAAUUUGCAGAAAGAUAUUAACAUUGUUGCCAGUAAAGGUGAUAUCGAAUCUCUGAAACUACUAUUAAAGGAUGGCGCUGAUGUUAAUGGCACAGAUAUAGAUGGUAGAACACCUCUGCAUUUUGCUGUCAGCAAUGCACACGUUGAAAUGGUGAAUGUUUUAUUGCAAAGUGGUGCUGAUGUUACUCAGGCGACAAACAAAGGUAAUACACCAUUGCACACAGCUGCUACUAAACGUAACAACAAAAUUAUCCAGAUAUUGUUACAACACGUCAGUCCCAAUAAAUUGAAUGACUUUGUUAAUGCUAAAACAGCCUCUGGUGGUAUGACAUCGCUUCACAUUGCUGCCAGAAGUGGUUGCUUGGAUAUUGUAAAAUCGUUAUUGAAUAAUGGUGCUAUCUACGAUAUUGUCAAUAAUCAGGGUCAAACUCCUAUCGAUGUUUCUACUGAUCAAGAAAUCAUCGAGUUGCUCGAAUUAAUUGACGAAUUAUUCAAAGGCAUAGAAAAAGGCAGUAUUGAAGCUACGAAUAAAUUGAAAGAAAUUGGACUUGAUGAUUUUUCUGCUGCGACGAAUGCUCGCAAUUCUCAGGGUCAUAAGUUAUUGCAAGUUGCUGUCGUUGAUAAUGAUAAACAAAAGCAAACGAAUAUUGCCAACGAGUUGUUGGAGAUUAUGAAGAGAAAUCAGCAUUAGUGAGAUGUUGAUUGCUUGUAUCGAUACCUGUUCAAAAUAAUACCUAGCAAAAAAUUUAAUCUGGCCCAUACCUAUCUUUCUAAUGAAUUUCGUCUAGUUUGGCGUACCUUCCAAAAAUUUUACCACUUAUGGUGAUAAAAAAUGUAUGCAUUCAAUUCAUAUGUGAACGAAUGCCAGAAAUAGAUCAUUUAAAUUGAAUUGAGUUAGAUAAGUUUUUGAAAUACUCGUCAUACUGAUUACUAGAUGCUGAUAAAUUUUCAUAAAAUUCAUACCUAUCAAAAUGUCUGUAUCUACCUAAAAUAAAAAAUGUUUUGUCAAUUAAUAGUCUAGAAUAUAGGUACUCUAAAAAAAAAAGAAAAAACAACGAUGAGCAGAACUUUUGAUCCUUUAGAAUUUUAAAGCAACACCCAGGAAAAAUAA